AUGUCAGAAACUACAUUUACUCUUGAGCAGGUCAAGGAGCACCAGUCCAAGAAGGAUUUAUGGAUGAUCAUUCACGAUAAGGUCUACUCCAUUUCUGGUUUCGUCGAUGAGCACCCAGGUGGUGAGGAGGUCUUGAUGGAUGUUGCUGGGGUAGAUGCUACUGAGGCUUUUGAGGAUGUCGGGCACUCGGAUGAAGCACGUGAAAUCCUGGCAGGGCUUUUGGUUGGAAACCUGAAGAGAAGUCCGUCCAACAAGAAGCCUGUCGCCUCCGCAUCAAAACCUGCGACAGGGCAAUCAUCGACAGACGCCGGAGUUGCCAUCUAUGCCUUUUUUGCGGUUGCCGCCGUCGGUGCUCUGGUUGCCUACAAACUUUAUGCUUAA